AUGGACACUGACAGUCACCGUGAUGGGGUGGUCGAAUUGGAACCGACAUUGUCGGUUCAGAAAGACCAAGAUCACGAUGGGACACAUGAAACAUUGGCUGGAGAAGCUCUUGAUGUGGUGUUGGACCCGAGACUGGAACAAAAAUUGCUCGUCAAGCUGGAUAUGGCAUUUGUACCUAUCAUCAUGCUUACCUAUUUGUCAUGCUUUUUGGAUCGCUCUAACAUCGGAAAUGUGAAGGUUGCCAACAUGCCGGAAGAUAUCAAUGCCUCUGAUAGCCAGUUUUCCACUGCCGUGUCCAUCUUCUAUGUCACUUAUGUGUUAUUCGAGUCACCGUGGGCAGUCCUCAUGAAGAAACUCACUCCCCGAAAUAUCCUUACGGGCCUUUGCAUUGUGUGGUCGCUGACCACUAUUUUCACGGGGUUCAUCGAGUCAGUGGGUUCGUUGUAUGCCACGCGGCUAAUUCUCGGGGCCUGUGAAGCGGGUUUGUUUCCAUGCCUGAACCUCUACUUGACCAUGGUUUACCGCCGAGAGGAACAAGCGAAGCGAGUAUCUUACUUGAUGAGCUGUGCGGCUAUUUCGGGCGCCGUUGGCGGUCUACUGGCCUACGCACUCUUGCAUAUGGACGGGAUCGGAGGCAAAGCGGGCUGGAGGUGGGUUUAUAUUAUUGAAGGUCUCUUCAGUGCUGUCUGUGCCAUUCUCAUCUGGUUUGGACUGCCGAAUAAUCCAGCCGAAGCCUAUUUCCUCAACGAGGAAGAGAAAUGGAUGAUGCGCGUGCGCAACGAGCAGCGUCGUAAGUAUCUGGGGAGCGGAGAAUUCAGCUGGGAAGAAAUGCGCAUUGCUCUGGGGGACCCGAAACUUUUCUUGUCGGGCCUUAUUCAGUUCUGCCAAGAUAUCCUUCUGUAUGGAUUCAGCACCUUCCUGCCGACCAUCUUGGAAGGAAUGGGGUAUAACUCUCUCAUGAGCAAUGUGUUGACUGUCCCCGUCUACAUCUGGGCUGCGGUUGUUUUCAUCACGGUGGCCUUCUGCUCAGACCGUUAUUCAAAGUUUGCAUCGUUCAUUUUCAUCGCGAACAUAUUCGGUAUUAUCGGCUACAUUUUGUUGCUUGCAGUGAAGAACACCUCUGUGCAAUAUUUCGCAACAUUCUUGAUCGGCAUUGCAACAUAUACUGGUGUUGGCCUCAAUGUGGCCUGGCUAAACGUGAACAUUGCUCCACAUUAUCGACGCGCUUUGGAGAUCGGAUUGCAACAGACGAUGGGCAACUGCGCAGGUAUUGUCGCGGGCCAAAUAUAUCGCAAAUCGCCAUAUGUACUUGGGAACGCAUUUUCUCUUGGCUCACUAGUCAUCGCCCAAGGGGCGGUGAGUUGUCUAGGAUUUUACUUGAGGCGCGAAAACAAGAUCAAGGAUGAGAUUAUAGGCAGCGAUCGGGAAGAUACCCGGCGUGUUCGGACAGGCGACAGGGCCCUUGAUUUCAAGUACCAUUAUUGA